UAUAACUUCGGGCAAUACUGGGAAUAUUUACAGGUUUCACCUCGUAUGAGACACUCCUUUGCUAUCGAUCAAGGUAUGCUUUCCUGACGGGGACAUAAUAGACCGCGUAAAGGCCGCGCUGAAUCCUACGCGGUUUCGUCCUCUUGGACACCCAAUACGCUGGGAACGGUCGGAACUGUGUAGACGCUGAAUCGCCAUGCCUAGUGUUUUGAUGUGUUCUCUCAUAAGAGCGAAGUGAACAGUCUAUUCAACCACUAUUUUGAACGAAACCGCUGUGAACAAGCCACGGCGAUGGGUUGGACCUACAAUACUCCGGACGAUGUCGCCAAUGAGGGGCCGCAAAUUACCGCUAUCGCAAUCGUUUUCACAGCAGUGUCACUGUUGGUCCUGACCCUUCGUUUCUACGUGCGCGGCUGCAUAACCAAGGCCAUUGGAGCUGAUGACUGGAUACUAGUUGUGACUUGGAUAGCAUCUUGUGGCUUCGCUGUUGUGACUAUCAUCCAAACCAAAUGGGGACUUGGACUCAAGCAUCUCAGAGACAUGCCCGAUGAAAACCUCUUCAACUUCGGACUUAUACAGUACAUGGGUGCACCAUUCUACAUAACAAGUAUACUGGGCUUCAAACUCAGUCUACUGUUGACCUAUCUACGUAUCAUGCCAAAGGGCGCGUCGCGCAACGCUACCAUCACCGUAAUAGUCGCAUGCAUACUCUUUCACCUCUGCUUUCUGGUUGUUCAAACCAACCUUUGCCAGCCGGCCGCAAAACAAUGGGACCCUUCCAUCACCUGGGGCCAGUGCCUGCCGGCCGUCCCUUUCUAUACCAGCAUGGCAUCUUUAACCAUCGUCUUCGACGUGGUGGUCAUGUUCCUACCCUUCCCCGUCCUCCUCAAAAGCCACCUCCAGAAGCGGAAGAAAGUCGCCCUGCUGUGCCUCCUCGCCUUAGGCACAUUCAUCACGAUCAUCCAAAUCCUACGCAUCCGGACCGUUCGAAAUCUCGCCAACUACCUCGAUUCAAGCAGCCUCAUUAUGUGGUCGACUGUCGAGAACAACUUGGGUAUCAUCGUCGCGUCGGUACCAACACUAGCACCUCUCUUCAAAUCAUUUGUUGAGAAGACACAAAAGAGCUCAUAUGGUAACUCGGCGACAAGAUCGAAGUCUUUGUACGCCCUAAAGUCGAGGCGUAGUACCAGGCAAGGUUCUAUUCCACUUGGGAGCGGUGUUCAUCAAGCAACGCACGUCACUGGGCCUUUUGAGAGGGAAAGUGAGGAAUUCAUAAUGGGCGAUGUCGCUGCUAUAACAAAGAGAACCGAGGUAACUGUUUCGUCUCGCGCUCGUGGAGAAUCAGACAGGCUUGGCCAGUAGUAUCUCUUGUGAUAAUUUUGUGUUCUUAUCACUAUGUUAAUUCAUCCAAAUCUCUUUAAUUGUGAAUCUCGAAACUGUAAUUAUGGUAG